CUAAACGAUCGGGACGUAGUAAGAAUGCCACUAAAACUAAAGUUGUAGUUCGCCGCUUGCCUCCUCUUCUUCCGGAAAAUUUAUUCUUAGAAUCUGUAAAACAAUGGGCAAAUGAAGAAACCAUCGACUGGUACCGGUUUCAUCAAGGUCGAAUAAGUAAUGAAAAUAAAGCGGUGGUUGAGUUUGCAGUUUAUCAGAAGUUACCAAAAGAACAUAAGAAAUCAGACCCAAGACAGGGGACUAUUGAGAGUGGUAAUAUUUUAUGGCGUGUAAAAUGGGUUAAAUCUUUAAAGGCUGAUGAAAACCGACAGGCUACUUUAAAAGAGCCAGGUUCUGGGUUAGAGGGAGGCGCUACGCAAUUGGAAAGGCUAGAGGCGCGUUUAACGGGUGCUAUUGCUACGGCAGCUUCCAACUCUAUCGAAAAACCAAAAAGUACACCACUCCUUGACCAUCUGCGAGCUCAAAAAUCUGGGGCAAAAUCCAAGUCACCGCCUCCAAAACAAUCGCAAGUGACCGUCCUUUCUCCACCAGGUUCCCCUGCAAAAAGUUCCAAAACAAAACAGAUGCAACAAAUACGUGGAAUACAAAUAUCUGAAACGGCUUUUCCUCCCGGACCGGGAAAGCCCACUCGAAAAGAGCGAGAACGCAAAAAAAGAGAAAAGGAGAAGGAAAGAAGAGAGAAGGAUAGAAAAGAAAAAGAUAAUGACAAAUCCAAAGAAAUAAAAGACGAUGAUAUUAUCAAAAAUGUUGAAAAAGAGCAAGAGAAAGAGUUGGAGGCUAUCGACGAAAAAGAUCAUGAAAGGCCCAACGAAAAAUCCAAAGAGCGACACAAAGAGAAAGAGGUGGGAACUGCCAAGUCAGAGACUCCAGUAGUUACUAUUCUGACUAAACCGCAAGUGAAAGAAGAUAUAAAAUCCGACGCGAAAGAUAAAGAAAUCAAGAAAAGUACGCCUAUAAAGAUUACUAUUCAACAACGGCAAAAAGAUCAAAUCAGACAAAUUAUUAAAGAGUCUGUUAAAGAACCUGCUGCAGUAGAAAGCCCAAAUGAAACAUCAACAACAUCACCAACUACGUCUAGUACAUCUAUCACCUCUGAGACCAAAGAACACCCUUUCAAUCCAGAAAAGUAG